GGAGCGGAGACGUCACAGUCCUAUAUUCUCUGUGCCUGUGGCAGAGCCGGGUUUUUCCUCCUCCUGUGCACUGGGCAGUGAAACCUCCCUCAUCAAGGCAGGACUCAUGAAGCUAAAGGCAGGAAUCUGACAUCCGGAUCCCCUUGCCCCAGCCAGGCCACCCUCUGCCCUAGCCGUGGACGGCCCGCAAGGCCCCUCCAUUCUCAGUUCCUUCCCUGGAGUGAUGGAAAGCUCCUCUGUGGCCUCUGCCUCCUCUGAGGCAGGGAGUAGCCGAUCUCAGGAAAUCGAAGAGCUGGAGAGGUUCAUUGACAGCUACGUCCUUGAGUACCAAGUCCAAGGUCUGCUGACCGACAAAACGGAAGGGGACGGGGAGAGUGAGAAAACGCAGUCCAACAUCUCGCAGUGGACAGCGGAUUGUAGUGAGCAGCUGGAUGACAGCUGUUCCUCAUCGAGAGGGAAGGGCUUAUCGUCUCACGAACACAAUCAGGAAGAGUGGGAUCACAGCAGCAGUGGGAGUUCAGGAUCCCGGCCUAGUUCAGGCUCCAGGCCUGGGUCUGGAUCAAGGUCUGACAGCCAAGGGAGAAGCAGCCAGUUCAGUCAUUCAUCCAAGAAUGGCAACAAAGACAACUCCCUGGACAUGUUGGGGACAGAUAUCUGGGCAGCCAAUACCUUUGAUUCCUUCAGUGGUGCAACCUGGGAUUUACAGCCUGAAAAGCUGGACUUCACGCAGUUUCACAGGAAGCUCCGGAACACCCCCAAACACCCGCUCCCGCACAUAGAUAGAGAAGGGCUUGGAAAAGGGAAGCACGAGGAUGGAGAUGGAAUCAACCUGAAUGACAUAGAGAAAGUCCUUCCCGUCUGGCAGGGUUAUCAUCCAUUGCCACAUGAAGCUGAAAUUGCACACACCAAAAAACUAUUCAGAAGAAGGAGAAACGACCGGAGGAGACAACAGAGACCUCCUGGAGGAAACAAAUCGCAGCAGCAGCACACAGAUCAUCAGCAAGGUACUGCCAAACACAACAGGGAAUACCAGAAACUCUACCAGGGAGGACAAGCCCCUCACUCCUCAGGGAGGCCAGCCCACCAUGGCUACAGCCAAAACCGGCGAUGGCACCACAACCAGAAGCACUCGCCCAACGACAAGGAAACGCACAGAAAUGCCAAAGAGACUGAGAAUUUGAAAAUCGAGGACGCCUCCAUCUGCACAGUGCACAUCCCCCUGGAGAUGCACCGGAGCACGGAGGUCGUGGAGAGACAGUCUCAACAGUACAUUCAGGAACCAGAAACCAAGCGGAGAGACAGUGUUCAUGAGCGCAUCGGGGAAAGGCCAAAGGUCAAUUUGCUCCAGUCUUCCAAAGACAGACUGCGAAGGAGACUAAAAGAAAAGAUGCCUUGUCUUUCCCUUUUCACGGACCAGGACGAAGUGCCAGUGGAGGCGACCAACCCCCAAAAGAACAAAAUGGACAAAUUAAUUGAAAUCCUCAACAGCAUGAGGAACAACAGCAGUGACGUGGAUUCCAAGCUCACCACCUUCAUGGAGGAGGCCCAGAACUCCACCAACUCCGAGGAGAUGCUGGGUGAGAUUGUCAAGACUAUUUACCAGAAAGCAGUGACGGACCGCAGUUUCGCCUCCACAGCCGCCAAGCUCUGUGACAAAAUGGCGCUAUUCAUGGUGGAGGGGACCAAGUUCCGAAGCCUGCUUCUCAACAUGCUGCAGAAAGAUUUCACAAUGCGGGAGGAGCUGCAGCAGCGCGAUGUGGAGCGUUGGCUGGGGUUCAUCACCUUCCUCUGCGAAGUCUUCGGCACCAUGAGGAGCAACACUGGGGAGCCCUUCCGAGUCCUUGUCUGUCCCAUUUAUACCUGUCUCAGGGAGUUGUUGCAAUCUCAGGAUGUGAAAGAAGACGCUGUCCUUUGCUGUUCCAUGGAGCUGCAAAGCACAGGCCGGCUGCUGGAGGACCAGCUGCCUGAGAUGAUGACAGAGCUGCUGGCAAUAGCACGUGACAAGAUGCUGUGCCCCUCGGAGUCCAUGCUGACACGGUCCCUCCUCCUUGAGGUCAUUGAGCUGCACGCCAACAACUGGAACCCCCUGACGCCCACCAUCACACAGUACUACAACAAGACAAUCCAGAAACUGACAGCCUGAGAAUGCGGGGAGGUGGGGAUGGAAGGGAGCAGAAAGAAGACAUGCACCUUAAAAGGAAACAGGAAGGAUCUGUGCUACAAAUUGAUCGGCUACUGGAGAGAGAAGUGAGAACCUUUAUGAGAAAAUACCUAAGAAGACAAACCCCAGCAUGCUUAAGAAUAUGUUCAUGAGGUUGGGGGAUAGAGGAGCAUGUUUCUUUUCAGCUGUGUUGCUGAGCACCACCCCUCUUUCCUGCUGAGUUUUUGUUUCAGGUUUCUUUUAUUAAAUCAUUGCUCAUGCAGC